CAGUAUCUUCAAUAAUCCCUGGUUAGUAAAUAGGUAAUCUGUGGUUUAUGGCGUGUGUGGAGGUUCAUUUGUAUAGAGUUGAAGAUGAAUAAAGAAAGAACAUUCGUGAUACCUGAUGAAAUUUGCCAGCGUGCUGGAAUGUCAGCAGUUUGGUUUCCCAGCAAUAAGUUAGGUGCACAUGCUUACCGUCAUGUUACUGCUCAUUCCCAAGACAAGGCUAGUGAGUUUGCACCAUGCAAAACACUGGUUCAUCACAUAAGAUUCGAUGUGAUGCUGUUUCAUCCCAUUACUCGCCAACUUAUUAAUGAGUCCAGUGGAACUUUCCUAGCUGGACAGAAGUUGGUUGCAAAUUCUGGUGGAACUGAUAUUAGGGGUGAACUACUUAAAGUUAGUCGACAGUACAGGGCCAUUGUUCGAGCUUGCCUGGAGAAUUUACAGUCUGAAGCUUCAAAAAAUGACUCUUCCAGCAAAGAAAUAUGUUUGGAGUUGGCAGUAAUCUUUUACAAUAUUGAAUUCAUGUGGAACCUGUGUGAAGUUCUGUAUGUGGAUGUCAUUCCAGGUGAUGCCGUGCUUCCACAGUUGAUGGAUUGGAUUAGAUUGCACUCUGUUCACUACGAACGCCAAGCACAAGCCAUUUUAAAUGGUGAAUAUGGUUCCUCUGUGUUGGAUAAUGGAGCAGAAAAUGAGCCAGAUUAUUGGAAUACUGUAAUUGGUCUUGUUCUUCAGGGUAGGCUGGAUGGUGCAAGAGCAUUAUUAAAGCUCCACUCUGCAUCACUUAGUGAACCAUUUAAGUCUGUGGAUUAUAUCAUGAGGACCAUGCCAUUUUAUAAUGUGUUUGGAGGUAUAUCACUGACAGAAUUCAAUAUGAGGUGGAAGGGCUGGCAGAAUGAAGCUGCAUGUAAACUUCAAGCUGGAACAUUUGCAUCCAGGAAAGAACUAGAGUUUAUAAUGAAACUUAUGGUAGGUAAUGCAGAAGCAUUUCUGGAAGUGAAGGAUCAGUGUGGAACAUGGUACCAGUUCAUGGCAUCAUGGUUACUGUACACAGAACCAACUGUGAAAUCAUUUGACCUCAGUUAUCAUGCUCACCAGUGCAUUGCUAAAUUUGGUGGUAUUUCAAGACUGAAACACAGUGACCUCAUCCUGGUUGCUCUGAUGGAAUCUGACCUACAUCAGGUGAUUAGAUUGAUUGAACAGACAUCAGAAAAUGGCUGGUUUGCAGCUCAUCUUACAGAUCUACUGCACCAUUGUGGUUGUCUUAAGAUUCUUGACAAUCAUCAAAGUAGCCAGACAGCCAGUUCGGCCAUGGAUUUACGUGAGCAACUGCUUCUCGACUAUGGGACAUUGCUGAUGUCUCAUCGCUCUCUUUGGCAAGUUGGCAUCAACUACCUAGAUUAUUGUUCAGCAGAAGGACGUGCCCGCAUAGAAGCUCUCCUCCUCACACUGCCUCUUGGUUCUGAGACACGAGCACUCAAGAUUAUCCAAGUGGCUCGUGAGAGGGACUUGCAUCACAUUGUUGCAAGCAUCUGCAAGAUUAUGGGAAUGCGUUCCUAUCAGCAGCAUCGUCUGGGCAAUGCAUUAACCUGGGCGUUGCGAUCACAGGAUGCUGGUUUCGCUACAUACCUGGCCAAUAAAUUCCUUGAAUUGUACAACCAAGAAGGAAAAUUCCAUUCAUUGGAUCUUCUUGACAACCUUGGCUCUUGUAUGCUUGUCAGCGAUAGACUCACAUUUUUAGGGAAGUACUGUGAAUUUCAUCAGCUGUAUCAGGCUGGAGAGUUUCGAGAUGCAGCUGUAUUACUUGUGUCACUUCUUGCUUCCAGACUAGCUCCAAAAAGCUUUUGGAUGACUCUCCUGACAGAUGCAUUACCACUUCUGGAAUCAAAUGACAUUGUUCUCACAUCUGAAGACACAUAUGAAUUACUGAAUGCCAUGGAGGAACUUCUUGGGGAAGGACAGAAUUCAGACAUUGGAGGCACACUAGGGAGUGACAAGCUGACAACAAUACAAGAUCAGUCACUUGAUGCAAAUAGUCUUGUGGAAGAAAAGGUGAAGCUGAUUCGAUUGGCUUUGGCACGUAACUUAGCAAGGUCUCUUAAUCAUGAAGGAUGUCUUAUGGAUUCAGCACAAAUGAAUUUGUGCCUCAGGUCUUGAAUGGCAAGGAAGAAACUCUUGAUUUUGUAUUAUAUUUUUGGUAAUGCGUACAGUGCAUUGCUUUCACAAACGUUUAUGCUGUAUGUACUGCCUUCCAAUGAAGAGGAGACAAAGCAAAUGGUGGGUAGAGCUGGUCAACCUUGAUCAUUCUGUUGUAUAUUUAUGAACACACUAAGCUUGAGUGUUGCAGUGCUAAUGGCAGGAGUUGUCUGAAAAUUAUAUCUGUUUUCAUAUUGCAUGGUACACAUGAAUGGGCCUUGAUAUUUGCCCAGUCAGUAUUGUAGUAUUAAUUUUUUACAAUUUUGAUAUUGUACUGUUUGUUUUCCAGAAUAUGAUUAUAGAACAUC